GGCUCCAGACGCAUGAUUCGUUGGCUCACUCAGCUGACUCGUGCCAGACUGGCCAGCAGCCGAACUUGCGUACGCUCGCAUUUUACAGCUGACAUAGACCUACAGACUAGAAUAGCGCGAACGGUGAAAGACUGCUCACGCUUCUAGAACGCUUGGCAAGUUUUGAGUUUAGAAUUUACAAGUUAGUUCAGCAAAAGUAAAACUCCUAUUGCUUAGCGGCUGCAGCCAUUUCCACCGUUUUUUAUCUGGCGCUAUAGUUUUCCAUACUUCCUUCCUUCCCUUCGUAUUUAGACAACCUAGUCUUUAAGAGUACAGUACUUUAGUUUAAUCCUGAAUAACCGUGGGUGUAUCAACGGGAAUAGCGGGAAUCUGGAUAACUGGGCGUUUCGGGAAAUUAUUCGGCAGCCGCUGGCUAGGCGAUAGCGAGGAAGGAAGCGUGAUUAUCCUGAAGGCUCACGACCGACUGCCCGAUAUUAUCUGUCAGAAGGACUGGAGGACUUGGAGAUUGAGCCUUUAAGGUUUUAUUACUGAUUGGUUUCUUCCCUGUGUACCGGAGGGAAAUUUAAUACCACCCAGCAUACCACAGGCGAUUCCGUCAGAGCCAGGCCGAGUUAGUUAUAUCCGGCAAAUCAAUAUGAAGAUCUGGCAGUCGCAGCACGUGUUCGAUCACCCAUGGAGCACCAUAACCCAGGCCGCCUGGCGGAAGUACCCUAAUCCCAACAGUCAGAACAUUGUAGCGAUCGAUGUUAUCGACCGUGAAGUCGCACCGGAUGGUGCCCUCACUACACAUCGCGUUUUUACAACGAAAUGGGCCUUCCCAAAAUGGGUGAAGUCCAUCAUCAACAUCUCCGACUAUUGUUAUUCCACGGAGAAAUCUGUGGUCCAUCCCGCAGCACAAAGCAUGGUUUUAGAAUCUCAGAAUGUUUCUCUGGGUAAAUUUAUCUCAGUUGUGGAGCGGCUGGAGUAUACGCCCCACCCCUCGGAUCCCUCCAAGACAUUACUGACCCAGGAAGCACAAAUCAGUAUUAAUGGAUUACCUUUGGUGGGCAAGCUGGAAGAGGCUAUGUCCAAUACAAUAGCCGCCAAUGCCAGCAAAGGCCGGCAGGCUAUGGAGUGGGUGGUAAAGAAGAUCACAAUGGAAGCAGCAGAUCUCGGGAGAAGUUUACAUUCUAUGGAAGAAAUAUAAGAAACCUUACGUUUAUUUACUAAGUCGCCACGGCAGAAGCAUUGUUCGUAUUUCGGUCCAAAGGUCAAACGUUUUCUCAGGAAUAUGUACGUUCCAGAGGCCUUGAGCGUCGAGUAAUUUAUUCUGGUCACAACUAAGUAUCCCUUUAGUUACACUUACAGUUGGUGAUCAGUAUCAGUUGUUAGCAAUGGGAUUGAUGCUAGCUUAUUACGAUACUUAAAAAAAUAUCCGUUGUGCUAACUGAGAUUACCAGACUGUGAUGAACUCCAGGUGCCGAGAAGUUUUUGGUGAUAGUCCGGUUGUUCAUGUGUUUGUUCGAAUUGGGAUUGUUGUAGUAGUGAUAUUAAGUGUCGAAAAUCACGGAAUGUUACAGCAGUUUUACAGUGAAUAAAAAAGUUAU